UGUUUGAAUACAUAGAAAUCGCAGUAACCAAAUUGUAAUUUAUCUAUUUAUAUACUAUAGAAAUUCUUUCUGUCCUGUAAAGAAAGGCUUUAGCGUAUGUAUUUGUUUGAUUCAAACUCAGAAUUCGACCAUCUUGACGACUUUUUCUUGAAAUUUCAUUCUAACCAUUAUUGGAUGUGAAUUUGAGGAUUAUAAACAAGUUAAUUCUAUUGGAAAUUAAUACAAUUUACGAUUCAUCCUGGCAAAUACUUCUAACUUAUAGUAUGCGAAUUUUAUUGAUACUAGCUAUUCUACUAGUUUUACUGCAAUUUAAUACGGGCUUCUGGAGAAGAAGAAGAAGAAGAAGAUGCGGUCGUCGUGAUUGCCAAUUAGCAGCAUGGAAUCCUUGGACAACAUGUUCUCAUCCAUGUGGUACGCAGGGGAUCUCCAGAAGAACACGACAUAUCGCAGUUGCUCCUACGUGUGGUGGGACAGCUUGUGCAGCAACCGAAGAAACUCGCGCAUGCAAUCGGAAUUGUGGACAGGGAAAACUGAUUGGUAAUUUGUGCCAUUGCAAUCCAGGAUGGCAAGGUCACUGCUGUCAUUUGGAUGUCGAUGAGUGUGUAGAUAAAGGACGCUGUCAACACAUAUGCCAAAAUACUAUUGGAUCAUUUGAAUGUUUAUGUAGACCUGGUUUCCAGAAAGUUGGGCCCAGUCAGUGUGCAGAUAUAGACGAAUGCGCGCAAAAUUGGUGUGAACAAAAAUGUACAAAUACCAUUGGAUCUGUCGUUUGCGAAUGUAAUAUACCAGGAUAUAAGCUCGCAGAAGAUUUGCGAUCCUGCAAUGUAGACAAUGAAUGUCUUGUGAAGCACGAUUGCGAUCAAAUUUGUAUCAAGAAACGCGAAGGUUACGAAUGUAAAUGUAGGUCCGGCUUUUACAUUCCAGAAGGAGAUAGCAAGAAAUGUCAAGACGUCGACGAAUGCCUUUUGAAACAUGACGAUUGUGCUCACAAAUGUAUAAAUCUACCUGGUAAAUAUAGGUGUGAAUGUGAAAAAGGUUUUACAACUAUGGACGAAGGAAGAACUUGUACUGAUAUUAAUGAAUGUCGUGUUCAAGAUACACAAUGUAGCUUUCUUUGUAUUAAUUAUGACGGAGGAUAUAACUGUUCUUGUCCGCCCGGUUUACAUUUAUCAACUGACGGAAAAACCUGUUUAGAUAUUGAUGAAUGCUCAAAAGAAACUGAUAUUAAAAAUUGUUCGAUUUGUAAUAACAUAUAUGGAUCAUAUUACUGUUCCUGUUCACUGGGAUUUUAUCGCUCUUUUAAUGGAUCAUGCAAAGAAAUUGAACAAGAAAUAGUAACCGUUGAAGAUAAUGAUAAUGGAAGAUAUAUAGCACUUAUAGCUAUUCUAAGUUUUUUGGUGUUAAUUUUAAUCUCUGGUGUUAUUACUUAUAAAAUUUGGAAAGUAAAAAAAUCAAAGAAAGAGACAAAGAUUGUGGAACCUUAUGUAUGUCCACAAUAAUAAAAGAGCAAAGGGAGAGUUCUCAAUCAUCGAUACAUUCUUUAUGUUGUUCAUUCAUAUCCUUAUCUUUGUGUUAUAUCUAAUUGAACACUUAUUAUAAAUAUAUAUCCGACGGAAUAUUAAAAUUUACUUUUCGUUUACGU